GCGAAGAAGCGCAUUUCCGCGAAGCGAGUCGUGGCGUAGGUCGUAGCCGAAUAAUCCGCAGCCUAUAUUGAAAAUACCGGUAUCAAAGGUAUCUCUCGAUUCGGAGCCUUUGCCACGCUGCGAUCAGCGUAUAUCACGUUUUCAAAGUGCUGCUGGCUUUCACACAAGGCGGCUUACCGUUCACAAAACGCGGAAGGCGACUCUAGCGCCGCCCGCGAGUUUCGCGCAGAAACUAUCGCGUGGUCUUUCUUUCUUUUUUUUCCCCUUGCUCUCCUGUGUCUCCGACGGCCUCUCUGGUUCUCCCGGCCUCGGCAAUCUCGUGUUGCGCUGGCGUGUGUGUAAAAGCUCUGUGAUCCCGCCGCGUCGACCUGCUGCAAGUAGCACCGCUGGAAGAUGCUUGCCCGGUCUCUUCGAAUCGUCAGAAACAACGUGCGGUACUCUUGGAGCGCUGCCGACCAGCCUAAGAAAGAUGCCGAGAAAGCCAGGUCUACAUUUAUGUUCAGUGAGCUUGAAGUGGAGCUCCUGCCAGCUGCCAACAGGAAACCAAAGCCUGACCCCUCAAAGCUGUUGUUCGGCCACGACAUGAGUGACCACAUGUUCUUGGUGAGGUGGACCAGUGCUGAAGGUUGGGGCAAGCCAAAAAUAUCAGCUCUGCGCAGUCUGGAGCUUCAUCCUGCAGCCAAGGUUCUUCAUUACGCUCAAGAGCUCUUCGAAGGCUUGAAAGCAUUCCGUGGCCAUGACGACAAGGUUCGGCUGUUCAGGCCAGACAUGAAUGUGCGACGACUUCUAAACUCGGCUGCGAGACUCGACCUUCCCAAAUUCGAUGGGGACGAGUUCUUGAAAUGUCUUAAGAGCCUUGUGUCUGUUGAAAAAGAGUGGGUUCCCAAGUACCCCAUGAGUUCCCUCUACAUCCGGCCAACACUGAUCGGCGUUGAGCCCACACUGGGAGUGGCACGAUCCAACGAAGCUCUUUUGUUCAUCAUCUUGAGCCCCGUUGGUCCCUACUUCCGCACGGGCAUCAAGCCGGUGUCCCUGCUCGCGGACCCCAAGUAUGUCAGAGCUUGGCCUGGAGGCACUGGUGACAAGAAGCUUGGCUGCAACUAUGCACCAACGCUCAUGGUUCAGGACGAAGCUGAGAAACUGGGUCUUCAACAAGUCCUCUGGCUUUUCGGAGAGGAUGAACAGGUCACUGAAGUGGGUGCCAUGAACGUCAUGGUGCUUCUCAAGAACAGGGAUGGAGGCACUGAGCUGGUGACACCGCCGCUGUCUGGAAUCAUUCUGCCUGGUGUCACACGCCAGAGUGUUCUUGACCUCACAAGAGAAUGGAAUGAAUUCAAGGUCUCUGAGCGUAAAAUUACCAUGGGAGAAAUAAGGGAGGCCCUUAAAGAAAACAGGUUGCUGGAGAUGUUUGGCUGCGGAACAGCCUGCGUCAUCUGCCCAAUAGAGCGGCUGUACCACAGAGGCGAGAACCUGCACAUUCCCACCAUGGAGCAGAGCAGUCCGCUGGCCAACCGGGUGCUGAAGGCCAUCACAGACAUUCAGUAUGGAGUCGUGCCACACAGCUGGGCCGUAGAAGUUGAGUGAUCUAGGACAUCGAAUUCAACAGUGCGAACCAUGGUUACAUACUUUCUGGGAUAAACAAAUGUAGAUAUGUUUGCCACUUGAGCUCUGGCUAUAAGCUCUGGACAUGCUGGCUAUAAGGGAACAGACUGGAGACAGUGGAUGGCUUGUGAAAAAACAUCCUUUUCACAUUUCUGUUUUCUUUUUAUAUAUAUAUAGAUAUAUGUGUGUAAUAUGAUUCCUUGUUUUUGUUUUUCCUGUGGUUAUGGUCACUGCUGUGCCACAGCUUCAGUCCUCAUCUGACAACAAAAAAAAUGCAUUUCUUAAAUUCGUUAUAGUGUGGAAAUAAAACCAAGUGAGAGGUUGUGUCUUGCACAGGCAAAUUGUGACUUUCAUUGAAUGUGUUGUCCAGUGCUUAUUGGAACACUGCAGUGAUGUUACGAAUGACUUGCGCAUAAAUGUUUUUUUUUUUUUUCGGUUUUCAUAGGUGUCGGCGCCUUAUGUCACAGAUGUGUAGUGAUCCCGAGUUUCAUCUUGUGAAAUUUAUCACAUGUGCAGUGUAUUGUGCUUUCUGAUCCUUGGAGAAUUGCAUUUAGUAGUUCUUCUGUCGUGUUAUACAGUGGCUUGUAUGCCUAGUGUGAGGCUUUAAAGGGGUCCUGAACCACCCCUCGUGCUUGAUGAAAAAACAGCCCGCGGAUUGCAUACGCUGCUGUGAACAUAUCAGCCAAGUUUUGCAAUCAUGCGCAGCACCUGCAGGUCGGAAGCAGAGCGUGAAGUCGCCUUUCUCUCAAACGCUCCCAUUUCAGCACACGCCUACUCCUCGCUCUCUUCUGGACGCUUCAUUUUGUCAUAUAGCGGAUUCUCGUACAUGGCUGCUAUUGGCCAAUAGCUGACGUCAAUCAGAAAGGGUGUUUGGAACAGUGAGCUUCUUCCUACUGUUACUGCGUAUAUUUAUUGCCGAAGUACAAUAAACAGGUUGAAGUAAGUGAAAUGUGGUUUCAAAUUUCGAUAAUUACGUACUUCCGCAAGAAGCCGACUAUCGUCUGCUCAUGCUGGGCUGCGGCAGCCCGCAUAGGAAAUAACUUUUGGCCACCCUGCACAUUGGUGUCACAGCCAUUGGGUCUCGCCAAUUUCGACUAGUUUUGAACGCUCAACUAACUUAUAUCCGCGCGAAACUUACGGUCAGACCAUACUCGCGCUUGCCAGUGUGCGCUCGCUCGUCGCCGCUCCGGGUUGGCAGACUAACUGAUAGCGCUUCAAAAAUGCGCAAGUUGGAUGUGGUUGCUAUCUGUCAGUCAAGCACCAUGUAGCAUGGUCAGACUGCUGCAUAUGAGGACGAGCAUGCACUCAAGCCUUGCCAUGCACAAAGCAAAUGCUGCGCAUACGCACUACGGUUGCAUGUAGCUGCGAUCUGCUACGUAACGUUGAUACCGUGGCCGUCGUGGGGUGCUGCGACGACUCCACUUGCUAAGCGCACUGCAGUUUGCUUACGGCUUACGGUUGGUGCGCCGUAGGCAACAAAAUCAUUAAUAGCGGCGUCUACGUUAACAUCCAGAAUCAAACUUUGACUGCGCGUCACAGUGACGUUCAGUAGACGGAGUGUUGUGGGCACACCCCGCUCCUCCGUAGCAUUCGCAGUGCAAGGCAUUGAAGGAGCGGAAGCACCGCGAAAACCCUAUUUGAUUGCCAAUAACUCCGCUUCUGCCGAACGCAUUGAAGUACUUUUUGCAGUAUUUCUUAAAUAGCCUAUUUUAACUUCAAAUGCAUUUCUCCACUUCGAUAAAAAGUGGUUCAGGGCCCCUUUAAUGGCAAGUGAACAAUCUCGUCUUAGUGCUUUUUUAGGAAAUUCCGAAGUUGUGCAUUUUUUAUGCAUGCAUGCUGUCAUGCUUUCACAUGCUGCUGGUUUGUGGCAGUCAACUAAGUGCCACGAUUCAUAUUUUGUAUGUUUGCUUAUCACUGUGCAUUAAGAUGAAGUCUUGGUUAAGUGCAAGUACUUUAUUAAAGCCACUCGGUCGUUCUCAAUGUUGAACCACCUAAUGGUGUUGAUGGUUAAAUUUUGGCUGGAAGCAACCAAGUAUGUAGAAGCAAAGCAAUAAGCUAUAAAUUGUGCAGUUGCUGUAUGCUUAGGGUUGAAUUUGUGUAUUUUAUGUAUGUGUUGAUAAGGUGCAUUCCUCGGCAAUUUGUGUUAUUCGAGACGGUAUACUGCGCUUUGGGUUAUCCUUUCUUGCGCUUGUGUUGAUUUCUACAGAAACACGGCCCUGGUUUAUCACCAUGCUGAUAAUGUGUUUCCAUGAGCGAGUGAGGCCAAGCACCUUAUAGCAUUUCUCAAUUCUUGCCCAGAACGCAUGAUAAUGUCACUGGUAGCAGUGCCUGUGAUAACGCUUCUGCUCCUAAAGAUAAGGUGUGGUCUAGUCAGAAAAACAAAAGGGUUGUAGUGACUUCGACACCUUUGUGCAAAUACAUGCACUUCCCUUCUCUUCUUUAUGUCCUCUGUUGAGAUUAUCUACAUCUGCAUGCUUUUUGUAAGUGUGCUAUAUAAAGCAUGAACACUUAAGGUAUGAGGAAACUUAAAGUUCCCAUUUGUCUGGUUUUUCUUUUUCGUCCUUUUUUUUUAAAGGGGUAAUAUAACGUUCGUCAACUGCUGCUUUAGCUGCAGAUAGAAGUGCGAUCCUCUUAAGGCCAACCUCUAUGAAGUGAAAAAGCAACGAAUUUUCAGCAUCUGUUGCCCAGUGUCUAAGAACUGGCUGUUUGCCGUCAAUCUACUCUCUCCAGAUAUUCGCCACUCAGCUAAGGCCGCCACCGGAAGUGGCCGCGUGUGUGGUGGAGAGUGCAAGCCAACGAGAUCGUCGCAGAGCCGUUGCUUUCCGUCAGUCGCCCAAGUCUCGUUCGUCUGGUCACAAUGACUCCUCGCGGGCUGCGACGGUGGCACGGUUGGCAGCGUUCGCCCACUCUUGCUUCCAUAGAGUGUGGGGUGUCAAAUGGCGCAUUGAGCAAAAAACCCGGCGUUUGUCAUCUCGACAAGCGAAAAACGGCACCUGAAUUCCCAUUGGCUACGAUGCCACGUCACGAGCGUGCCUCGACAGAGCAGAGCGGGCGAAAAAAGACACGUGCUGACGUAGCAGUGCGCCAGGUGUUGCGUGAGGGAAGAGGGCAUCGCCGCGACGCCACAUCACUCUCGCUCUCAGAAGCCUGUGUUAUCCACGCAUUCCUUGUCCGCGCAAGCUCUCGCUUGCGUUCUAACUGCCUUGGUAAGGCCCAAUCAAGACGCGCCAAGCCAACGCCUGAUAGAUAGCAGACCUGUGCACUCUGCUUUAUGACGUCGUGCUGUUUUUUUUCCCCUAAAGCAGGAAGGUAUCUUAUACAAAUCUCUUUGCACAAGCUGCAAGCUGGCCUCACAUGCAGAGUGAGGUGGAAUUGCCACGCCAAGUGGUAAUGAAAAAGAGACCUCUAUGAUUCCGGCAGUUAAGGUGACGUGGUGUCAUGUCACGUUAUUUUGUUCAUACUCAUGUAAUCUGUUCAACCAUUAAAAUUAUUAGUGAGAGCUAAUCAUGCUUUACACACCCUCUUGCUACGAAAGACUGGGAUCCUUCAGCAUGUUACCAUCGCGAAGAAAGCGACGUGGCACCAUUUCCCACCACCAUUGCUGCUGCCACAGUGUGCACCACCUCCGAAAAAGAGAGGCUCAUUCUGGCCUUGUCAGUGCGCCGCAAUUGAGUGUCCUCUUGUGUCUGGCUGCUUGUGCAGUCAACUUGUUGCGUGUGGUCAACAACUAGAGCUUGUGAGCAAGAACUGCACUUCCUGGAUUUAGUAGCUGUGUGCUUUGUGUUGAAGGCUGCACAUCAUGGAGUAAGACACAAGAUUGUCAACUCUGCUGUCUCGCGGUGCACUUGGUAAACUACCCAGACUAUGGGACAGAAUGCACCUAGCUUGCUAUCUUCCUUAAUUCAUCUACCCUGAUUCAUUGGACUUUUGUGAUGCACUUGUCUUCCUCCCUUACCCUCUAUAAUAGCCGUUAGCACUACAUUUGUGCCUCACCAUGUGGCCGUUUCAUAAAUUCAAGGAUAAAGGUUGCCUAGAACAUUGCACCAGCAAGGUAGCGCUCUUGUCAUCGUGUGUGGUGCAGCACAUGCACUGGCAUGCUCUCACCAGGAACCUGAUUUGAGCCCGUCAAUAGCAUCAGCACAUUGUCUAGGGAGUUGACACUCUUGAGCAUUUUACUCCAAGUUGCAUGCAUGACAUUGAAGUCUUUGUUCCCACAUUUGCUUUCCAUCUUGCUUUAGCUUUCAUAACUUGUUCCACAUUCCCAGAUGUAAAAGGCAGCAAGGAAAUUUUGUGUUUCGGCAUCUGAAAUUUCCAUGCAUUUUGGCGCCAAUUGGCGUUUCUGUAAGACCAGGAAAUUCUCAUGAAGGUAGUGAUUUCUUCUGCAAACUGGAUGUUUUAACAGAGGCAGUUGCAUCGUCACAUUGAGAGAAUUUUGACUGCGAGACAGAGUCAUUGGGCAUUCUUGUGUAAUGACGAAAAUUUUGCUGCCAUUUCCAACUGGGCUGCUUGUAUGUUUUGUUCGCCUUCCCUUUGUAAAGCAUCUUGGUGAGAAGUUACUGAGUGAAAGCUGCCAUGUCUGGUGACAUUCAUCCCAAGUUAUUUUUAAUUGCGAGCUGAUGAAACCACACGAUAUGGCAGCUGAGAAAUCUGUACCUGAACCUGUAAGCUUGACUGCAUGACUAGAUUAACAUACGGCUGUGUGAAUGUACCACUUCUUGUGUACAAGCUAUUCAACCUUGUUGCUGCUUUCUGGCCAAAUAAAUGCAUAGCUGAAAAGAA